GAGGCAGGCUGCGGGGAGCUGCGGGAAGCUGCGCGGAGCUGCGGCCGGGCGCACGGCUCGGAGGACGGACGGACGGAGCCGGGGCUCCGCUGCCCGCCGCGGCCGGGCGGGCGCAGAUGGGCGGCAGCGGGGCGGCGGCAGCAGCGGCAGCAUCGGCAGCAGCGCAGCGGCGGAGCGGCCGCGGCUGAGCUUCGCCGCGCAGCGCCCCGCGCCAUGCGGAGCGCGCCGCUGGCCGAGGGCGAGCCCUGGCCGCGCCUCUGCCCCGCCGAGCUCGGGGGGCUGCGGCGGCUGCGGCGGAAGCACGGCGGCUGCAAAAGUUUCCGCGUGGAGCUCAAAGUGCUGAGCGGGCGGCGGACCGGGCUCCGCGCACCCCCCGCGCCGCCCCCCGCCGCCGCCGCCCCGCCGCCCGCCUGGGAGCCGCGCAGCGCCGCGCUCGGCGCCGCCGCCGCCAGCGCCUUCCCCGCCGCCCCGCCGCCGCCGCCCGCCGCUUCCCCGCGCCCGCGGCCGGGCGAGGCGUCCGGCGUCUCGCCGGAGAUCAAAGCGCUGCAGCAGACGCGGCGGCUGCUGGCCAACGCCCGGGAGAGGACCCGCGUCCACACCAUCAGCGCCGCCUUCGAGGCGCUGCGCAAGCAGGUUCCCUGCUAUUCUUAUGGUCAAAAGUUGUCCAAACUGGCCAUCUUGAGAAUAGCCUGUAACUAUAUCCUUUCCCUGGCCAGACUAGCAGACCUGGAUUACAGCGCUGACCACAGUAACAUGAGCUUCUCUGAAUGCGUGGAGCAGUGCACUAGGACCUUACAAGCAGAAGGAAGAUCUAAAAAAAGGAAGGUAUUAACAACCAGGAAGGGAGGAUUCAGAAGAGCUUCCAGCCAGAGUUACAUCUGGUCUUGGCAAAGGUUGCACGAUCCAGAUGAAGACUGAAAGCAGCUUUUUUGCAGAAACCCCUAUUGGAGAUGACGAUUGGCCAAGGAACUUUCUUAAUCUCUGGAACAGAAAGGAAAAAAGGAAAAGAAAAGGAAAAACAAAAGGACAGGGAUGCUUCUUAUUGUUGUUAAGCCAGCCACCUUUUCGUACGUGCAAUUUAUUUAGCACUUUUCCCUUUGCUUAACUGGGAAAUGUUACCCUCUCAGCUCAUGUGUACAGUAAUUUUUUGUUGUUGUUGUUGUUGCUGUUGUGCCAAAGAUUUGAUGGAGCUUCUACACUGUGUCUUAUUUUUGCCUUAAUGUUAAAUCUUUGAGCCAAAGAAAAGUCAGAGGAGCCAUUCAGAUCGUGGCAAGCAGGCCAGCCAGCUGUCGGUGACAAAGCCCAAUUUCUGUACCCUUCUGUGAGUUACCUCUUAUUUCUUCAGCCUGCACUUCCCUGCCUGCAGCCCUGGAGCCAGCAUUUGGUGUGGGCAUGAGUUGGGACAACACCAAACCAUGCUUUGGCGUUCAGGUUUGCUUCUUCCUUUGAGCUACUCUGUAGUUCUGCCUUUUGGGCAAUUUCCUGAUGUUCCUGCCUGUGCGACACAUCCACAGGGUAGAAAUACUGACAAGAAGUGAGAGCUGAAACAGGAGCUAUGAAUUUUUUUUUUUUAAUAAAGAAAUAAAAUUAAACAAGCAAAAGCAAAGUGCCAUGUAAAGCAAAAAGAGAGAGAGGAAAAAAAAAAAAAAAAAGAAAUCAUAAGAAGUUCAGCCAGGCAGAAAGAAGUGCAGCAAAAUGAUUCAGCUGGUGUUUCAGGUUUGUGAAGUUGUUUUUUCCAUGGGGUUUUUCAAGUGGUCAGAAACCCAUGUAAUGCAAAAGCAUUUGAAUCCUAUACUGUACCUUUCACUUCAAAUUGAAGUAAAAAAAAAGAAGAGAUGGAGAAACAUUUGCUUGGAGUAAGCAGACUUUAUAGGUAAUGCAGUUCAUAUGCAAGACAUCUGCUAAUGAUGGAGGGACAGAGCUCUGUGUUCAAGUAAAAAAAAUAAGAGUUUCCAUAUCAAGAAGAUGAACAUGUUUUGUUAAUCUCAAGGGGAAAUAUUAUUUGUGAGGCCGGAUUCACAUCCUGGCAUUCAGUGUGAAUCAGGUUCCCGUGUGUCUGACUUACUCCAGUGUGGGUCUGGCCAAGCAUCGCCAGGCAGCGGGGCGGGUGAGGGGAUGGGGCAGGAGAGAGUCACUGGGCAAGGGAGGGAAUAGUCUCUGUUUUACUGACAUGAAUAUACAAAACUUGAACUCCUCAGUGCCUGCCUGUUUAUUUCCCAAGCUGAGCAAUUGGCUGGUGAGCCCCGAGCUGGGGAUCUGCCGUGCAAAGCCUGAGUCUGGGGUGCCAGGCUGCUCAAUGCCAAGUCCCCUGGCUCCCAGUGAGCUCAAGAUGUCUUCUACCAGAUUUCUGGGGCACGUGGGACAGCUGUGUCCAAAACCCCUCCCAGGAGCUCAUUAUAUUGCUCCCCACUCCACUCUCACCGCUGGUCAUUAUUAGCAGCCCAAUAAAAUACAUUUUUAGAUUGUCA